AUGUCGUACUGCCCGGUAUACGGUUGCAAUAGCGAUGCAAAAAAGAAUCCUGAUAGAGUACAUUUCUUCUCAUUUCCAAACGGAAAAUCGGUAGCCCAACAAACAAGAAAAAAGACGUGGAUUGUAUUCUGCAAACGAAAAGCAUUCAAGCCAUUAUUAAAUAGCAGAAUUUGCUCACUUCAUUUUGCUGAGGACGCAUACCAGCCUGGACAUUCGCCACAGUUUCUAGAGCUUUUAGAGUGUAAAGAAACUUUUCGAGUACAGUUAAAAACUGAUGCAUUGCCAACCUUGAACAAACCAUUAAUAGAUACAAGUGGAAUUAAAGCAAGAACUGUUACAAAAAGAAGACUACGAGAAAAAGUAAUUCAAAUUUUCAAUCAUUAAUGUAUUUUUGUCCAAUAACUUUGCAAACUAAUAGUCAUUGUCACAUUCUAAAUGAUAAACAGUAAAAAUAUUUACCUACAAUUACAGGGAAUAUCUGAUCUUCUAAAUCCAGAAGAAUUGGCAAAGGAAGAAGAAAGUUCAAUUGAAGAGGACGAAGAACCCGGCACAUCAGAGGCAUUUGACACGGAAAUGUUUCAACCGAGAAAGAACACUCGAGAUAAAUAUACACAAACGUCCAAGAAACAAGGAAGAAGAACAGUCAAAACACAGACGAUUAUGAAAGCAACUUCCACGUUCUUUCAACCGAAAUCAACGGUGCCUGUGCCUACGCACCCGCUUGAAGACGAGGUCACAGACACAGGUAUAGCAAUACUCAACACCCAGAAAAAACCUCACAAUAUCGAGCAAGAAACACUAGAACAAGAAGCAACAAUAGAAGUUGAGGUGGAAUGCAGUUCAAGCGAGGAAUCGGUCGCAGCAGAUACCUGCAUUGAGUUCACUGCAGGCGAGGCAUCAUCGACCGAAAGCGAAGCCGAAGAAAGCAGCGAUGACCAGCAUCCAGAUAAGCGUGUAUUUCUAGCAGCGGGAAAAUCUCCACAAGAGCAGAUUAAAUUUAUUAUUUUUGAAGAAGCAAUACUCGAACUGUUUGGGAAGUGUGGCCAGUGCGGAUCGGAAUGUAUUGUGACGAUUGAAAAUCAAAUCGGCUCAUCAUGUAAAAUUUGCGUGUCGUGUACGAUGGAAAGUGUACAUUACUUUGAAUGGACAACUGGCCCGUCGAUGUUCAAAAUGCCAGCAUUUCACCUGCUGCUCGCAUCUGCCAUUAUCGCGACAGGCACGGAAUCAUCGAAGGUUCUUCGACUAUUUAAUGCGUUGAAUAUUCCUAAUGUGAAACGAAGAGAGCUGUCGGAUAUUCAGAAGAAUUAUGCGAUUCCUGCAGUCUACAAAGUUUGGCAAGAGGAGCAAUCUGCGAGGCUGCGAGAAAUAGAGGGAGAAACUAUUGUGAUUGCGUCAGAUAUGCGUGUCGAUAGUCCUGGGCACACUGGUCUAUUUGGAUCGGGAAGCACGCUGGAUAUGAAAAGAAAUCUGAUAUUGGACACGCAAGUAAUCAAGGUAAUACAGAGUUAUAGUAAAACUUUAUCAUGUUUAUUCGCGUCAUACUGUUUCGUGCAUACUGUAAUAGGGAUAAUUAUUUAGAAUGUAAGCUGUAGGGCAUGCUAAAAGAUCCAAGCGUGAAGGCUUAUUUCAAACGUUGCGCUUCCCAUAUGUGCCGAACGCAUUAAAUUAAAAACAAUAGACAAUCAGCUGAAAUGCCUCCUUAUCUAUUGUUUCUAAUGGGUUCGGCACACGAGAAGCGCGACGUUCGAAACAGGCCUAAGAGAGGCAAAUUGGAAACACGAGGGUUAACUCGUAUUAUUUUAUUUCCAUACACAAAAAAUUUAUUGCUUAAUUUUUAACAGUCAACAGAGGUAAAAAAUUCAAAUGCCAUGGAAUUGCAAUCGCUGAAGAGGCAAUUGAAAUUCUUGGACGACAACAAGGUUGAGGUGACCAAGUUGGUGACAGAUCGUCAUACUCAAGUUUCUGCAUACAUGGCAAACGAAAAACCAGAAAUUGAGCAUUCCUAUGACGUCUGGCAUGUAGCAAAAG